AUGAAUUUUGAAGAAAUAGUUGCCGAUCCCUACAAUUGGCCUUUCCCUAAAAGAUAAAAUUUAAUGAGCUUGCAAACAAUAAAUUAGAGAGACGUUGGUUUUCCUAAAUAUGAGUUGAAGGAAGUUAGAUAAAGAAAUUUUGAUUUGAGCGACAUUAGAGGAGCUAGUCCAGAAAUGAGGGGAUAUAAAUAUAACAACAAAGAAACAUUUGUGAAUAGAAACGAUGAUAUUGAUGGAUCAUCUCCUAAAUAACUAAUUAAAUGCCUUUCUAAACCAGAUUUUUAGCUGAACAAUAAAGACAUUAAAGGUGCUUAGCCUUAAAUCAACAAAUUUUAAACUACUCGUUAGCCUUUUAAUCCUCUUCAACCUUAAUAUCAGCUUCCAAAGGCUGAAGUAAGAGUUUCAACUCCUCCAAAAUUCAUAAGAGAUAAUAUUAACAUUGAUGACAUAGAAGGUACAAAGCCUAACCCUAAAUUCUUCAAAACUAGAAAUGUGGACAUUUACACUGAAAUAGAAGGAUCCAAGCCAAAAAAUUUAUUCAUUCCAAGAGAUCACAUUGAUAUUCUAGAUGUUAAAGACAUUAACGAAUUUCUUUAAUUUAAAACAACAAGACACACAAAUCCACUCAACCCUACUUACAUAGGUUAAAACGAAUAAGGAGAAAAAAUUUAGUAUGGACAUAUUGAUGGUUCACUCAGCAGAAGACUUCAUCCAGAAGAAUCGAAAAAAGUUAACUUUAAUUUGACUACUAAUGAUAUCAAAGGAGCUUGGCAUGGUACUCACACUGAAAAAUUUUUAAAAAGAGAUACUAGAAAGGACUUUAGAGUUACAAACAUAACAAAGGAUUUACCUGAAGCUUAAGUUGGCUCACUCAAAAAAGGUAUUAUAACCAACAGACAUGUUAACCCAUUAGUGCCAAAGUAUUAGCUUUUAGGAGAGAAGGAAGGAUUAAGGAACUUUGAUGGAUACACUAAUCCAAUGAAAGAAUAAUCAAUUGUGAAUGCAUCUAAGACUAUGUAUGCAACUUCCAAAAAUUAAAAUAUGUAGCAAAGUAUUGCAGAUACUAUAGUAUCAUAAAAUGAUAGCAGAUUCUAGAAAAAGGAAAAUAAUUUUGUUGCACCCACAACUAACUUACCAAGGUGUUAGUCUUCGUAAUCUGUAGUUAGUGGAAAAAGAAGCUCUAUUUAAUCAACUAAGAGCAUCCAAUAAGAUAAUAUUUAAAAACCACCUACUCCUCAAUAAUAAACUCAAUAAGUCUAAUUUCCAAAAUUAGAGCAUAUGGACGGAGACAAAUUUGAAGGUAGAACACUUAGCAGAGGCAGCAAUGCUUACAACAUAACUUAACAUGUUGGAUAUCCCUUAACAAAUGCCUAGAAGUUAGACAAGUUUAUUUGUUGA